AUGGCAAUGAAGAGGAUCCUCUUCGUCUUGGCUGAUUUGGUGUUAUUGAAUGCCCAGCAAUGCACGGAAAUUCCUAAUCCAGGAUCGCUGAAGCAAAUUGAUGCUGGUAAUGGACUUGUGGUCGGCCUGGAGCCAACGGGCAAUGCAUUCAUGUUGAACGGAGAUGACUGGCUCUACUUAGCUGGAGACAUGAAGCAUGUGACUGUGGGACCAAAUGGUUUGUGGAUGACUGGCAACAACGGCAAUCUCUAUCGAAUGAUAGGAGGCAAUUUGGAGAAAAUAGAAGCAUUUAUUUGUUGGUGUGGGGAAAAGAUUUCAGAUCCUUCCAUCAGAUUGAUGCUGGGGGGGGAGCACUUUAUGGCUGGUGUUACCCCUGAAAGUGAGAGCAUGUGCUUAUCCAGCUCUGAGCUGUUCAACUUGAAGGUCAACUCCUCCGUAUCCUGGUCUCCUGUCCACAACUUGGUGGACUACUACAGCUGUGGCAAGAAAGGCUGUUGGGGCAUCACCACUGACCACAGCCUUGUUUUUCGUUAUGGUAUCGAGCCAGAAAGAUGCCAGGGAAAUAGCUGGAAAACUAUAUCGGAUGGCUAUACCAUGGUUGAGGUUGGCAACGAUGGCACUGCCUAUGCAGUACGUGAAAAUGGGAGAGUCUAUUACUGGGACGAAAUCACAGACUUCGAUGCGUAUCCCAAAGAGACAAGAUUCCGCGGCAUCAUGUCUAAGGUCAAGCACCUGAGCUACGACUUGGGUAUCCUAUGGUUGAUCACGCAGGAUGACAAGAUCAUGCGAUGCCAACUGUAG